GGAGGACUUUGGCCACGGAGGAGGCUCCGCCCGUGUUGUUUCAACAGCCCAGAGAGCUCUUUAUGUUGGAGGCUUUGACUUGCUGCCUGCUCCGUGCUCCUGCUUUACAGUCAGGGAGAAGCCGAGUUAAACCUGUGGAGCAGAAGAAUCAAUUCACCAUGCCCUCCUGGGGCUGCAGCAGCCACGGACAGCAGAACAAGACAGAGGAAGAACCACUCAUCUGUUCAUAGAGUUGAAGAGAGGCACAUGACUGUUUUCUCAAAAGGGAUAACCAUUUCAACUCUUGAAGACAUCUAACAAGACUGAAAACUUUCCUGAAUGUGGAUUAUAGGCAGCACCGGACAGCACCCACAAAAGGAAAAUUUAUGCUAAGGACUUUGGAUCAAUACAUGUAUUAGGUGGAGUGGCUGAAUACUUUAUUUCUCAAUAUUUCAUGAUACAAAAGUUUUUUUUUAACUUUUUUGUCUCACCAAAGGAAAUACAAAUCCUUCUUGCCUACAGCACAUGGCUGACUAAACAAACCUGUCUUUUUUUAUUAUUAUUUCCACAAAUAAGAGACUAAAGUUACCAGCUUGGUCUAAAGAUGUCUAAUACCUCUCUACUGAUUUCUAACAUGAGUGCACUGAGUGCUACUCAAAAUCUUACACGAUGUGAAAGGAAUGAUGACUUCAAGUACCCUCUCUACAGCGCUGUUUUCAGUCUCGUGUUUGUAGUUGGGCUUAUCUUCAACAUGGUGGCUGUUUACAUUUUUGCUUGUACGCUAAAGGUGCGAAAUGAAACCACGACAUACAUGAUCAACCUCGUUGUUUCGGACUCUCUGUUUGUGCUCAGCCUGCCUUUUCGGAUAGUCUACUUUGUUAAAAAAGACUGGAUAUUUGGCAGCGUUCUCUGCAAGAUAUCUGUGGCCUUGUUCUACACCAACAUGUAUGGCAGCAUCCUCUUCCUCACCUGCAUCAGCAUUGACCGUUUUCUGGCCAUUGUGCACCCUUUCCGGUCCCAAACAAUUCGUACCAGGAGGAAUGCCAAACUGGCCUGCUGUGCAGUGUGGGUGAUGGUACUUUCUGGAGGUAUAGCCACAGGGUUCAAUUUGGACACCACUUCACCCAAGAACGCCAACGCUUCCUCAAACUACUGCUUUGAAAACUACUCCAAAAGCCAGUGGAAGAAGGAGCUAUCAAAGGUGGUGAUGUUUAUUGAGACUGUUGGCUUUAUUCUCCCGUUAUUGCUCAAUGUCUUCUGCUCAGUCAUGGUACUACGGACCCUGAGGAAUCCCCAAACCAUUAGCCGAGGAGGGAACCUCAACAAGGCCAAAAUCCUGAGGAUGAUCAUUGUCCAUAUUCUCAUCUUCUGCUUCUGUUUUAUUCCCUACAACGUCAAUCUCAUGUUCUAUGCUAUGGUUCGCUCUAAGGUGUUGCCGGGAUGCAUUGCAGAAGAUGUGGUCAGAACCAUCUAUCCCAUUGCUCUGUGCAUAGCGGUGACAAACUGCUGCUUUGACCCAGUUAUUUACUACUUCACUUCAGAGACCAUUCAGAGUUCCAUCAAACGCAAGUCCACAGUGUGGUACAACGGAACCAGGCGAUUUGACAGACUGCAGAUGGACAGCCCACAGAGCAGCCCAAGUACAGCUCCUAAAAACCUGCGAGCCCUGAGAUCAACAGUGUUCAACGACGAGUCCACAGUCUAGUGACAACUCUGUUAUGGGAUGUGUCAAUGAGUGGAGCUGGAGAAACCCAAUUAAAAGUUGAGGAACAUGUUGACUGUAAAUCAACACAAUAGUUCCCCUUUUCUAGUGGACAGCAAAGAAUUCUUGGACUAAACUCUCUAUUCCUCGUGGACAAGUGAGAGAAAAAAAACAUAAAAGUGAUGAAGUGUGCUUUACUGUUGAUACAAAGACACAAAUUAAAUAGUUUUUAGAGUUUAAACUCUCUUUACAGUUUGUGUGAAGUUUUUUUAUUUAGUUUUAACUAAUGUACAGGAUACUACUGGAAAAAACAGCUGUUGCCAUUGUGAUGUGCUUUGUUUGAAAAUUAUUCUGAGCUUUUGCACAAAAGUUGUAUUUAGUAUGUCAGGCUUAUUCCAUAAGCAGAUUCUCGUAGGACAAUUCUGCUUUGGCAGUUGAACCAGUAUUAUAGCUCUUUUACUUGUACUGUAAUGUUAUUUUUUUUAAGUAUUUGUUGCCUCACUGAGGGUAUUUUAAGCACUUUGUACAAUGGCAUGUUCUAUGACACCUUUGAUGUUUAAUACUGCGAUGGAAUAAAGUAAUAUUAACUUAAAAACUGUUCAAGAUUCACAUUGC